UUUCUUUUCGGGGAGAGCACUAGGCUAAAUCAGGGGACGUAGAUCUAGCCAUAACUAAAAUAAGAAAACAUGUAUCGUGGGCUUUUACUCUAAUAGCUAACUUCUUAUUUCUUAGCCAACCUUCCUAGAUCUUGAGUUCUAGAAGAAAUGUUAUUGUUUUCCAUUGUUAGAUAUACACAACCUAAACCAGUUAACAGUGUAGUGUACUAAGAUGUUGGAGAAAAUACUGCAUCGUCAAGUUGGAACUGGGGCUUGGCAUGUGCCAUUAUGGACUGUAAUGGCAGCAGGAUUUGGCAUUGCUUGGCUUAUUUACAAACGAGGAAAAGAUUCAAAUUUGAAACAAAGCAUCCAGUCUCAACCUCUUGAAGAAAAAGCAACAGGUGACAAAAAGAGUAAAAGAAAAGUAAAAAUUUUGUAUGGAUCCCAGACAGGAAAAGCCAAAAAAUUUGCUGAGGUUUUACAGUCAAAAGUUGAAGAGCUAGGUCAUUCUGCAGAUGUGAUAGAGUUAUCUGCCAAUUAUGAUCAUGAAACUUUACUCCCACUAGAGGCAGAGGAAGGGAAUAUAGUGAUUGUGGUAGUCUCCACAUAUACAGAGGGCCAGCCCCCUGAAGACGCCAAGUAUUUUUACAUGUGGCUAGAAGAUGCUGCAGAGGAUUUCCGUGUCACAAAGUCUACCCUUUCAGGGAUGCACUAUGCUGUUGUUGGCCUUGGAAAUUCAUUGUACUCCGAACACUUUAACACUGUUGCUAAAAAUGUUGACUCUUGGUUCAAAACUUUAUCAGCCAAUCGAAUUUUACCAUUGUGUCUGGCAGAUGAAAAUGUUAGCAGUAGUAAAAACAAAGGACUUGAGGAAGAUUUCAAAGCUUGGCUGGAAUCUUCAGUAAAAAAUCUCAGACGUGCUAUUGAUGGGCGCAAGGUUACAGCCAAGAACUGUGAAGAUACAUGUACUAAACAGUGCAGCUGCAAGACUAAAAAAGAAGGGGAGGGGCAGGGAGAGGCUGGGGGGUGCAGUAGUGAUGAAGAAGAGGACCAUGUUGAUGAUUCUGAUGAUGAAGAUCCUACCCCUCCGAAACCUGCUAUCAUAGAUUUGGAAGACCUUGGUAACAUCAUGAAGCUUUCAAAGGAGUCAAGAUUAGCUGGUGGAGAUCCUGGGGCAGAUGGUCCUCGAGAAAUGAUCACGCCACUCUUAAGAGAAUCUCUGGAAAAGCAGGGCUACAAGCUGAUUGGAUCUCACUCUGGUGUUAAACUGUGUCGUUGGACAAAAUCCAUGUUGAGGGGAAGGGGUGGAUGCUACAAACACACAUUCUAUGGGAUAGAGAGCCACAGAUGUAUGGAGACCACACCCAGCCUCGCUUGUGCCAAUAAAUGUGUCUUUUGCUGGAGGCACCACACAAACCCUGUAGGGACAGAGUGGAAGUGGAAGAUGGAUGACGCGCAGACUGUGUUUGAUGGGGCCAUCAACAACCACAUUAAAUUAAUCAAACAGUUCAAAGGUGUCCCUGGGGUCAAGCCUGACAGGUUUGAAGAGGCCAUGAAUGUUCAACACUGUGCUCUGUCUCUCGUCGGGGAGCCUAUUAUGUACCCUGAAAUUAACAAGUUUGUUGAGCUUUUGCACAGUAAACAGAUUUCCAGUUUUCUUGUCACAAAUGCACAGUUUCCUCAAGAACUAAGAGAGUUGCUACCUGUGACACAGCUGUAUGUCAGUGUUGAUGCUGGCACUAAGGAGAGCUUGAAAAAAAUAGACAGGCCUUUGUUCAAAGACUUUUGGGAAAGAUAUAUUGAUAGCUUAACAGCACUGCGUGACAAGGGUCAGAGAACUGUGUAUAGACUUACCUUGGUCAAAGCAUGGAACACAGAAGAGUUGGAGAAUUAUGCUAAACUUGUCUCCCUUGGCAACCCAGAUUUUAUUGAAGUGAAGGGAGUCACAUAUUGUGGGGAGUCUAAAGCAUCCACUCUGACCAUGGAGAAUGUGCCCUGGCAUGAAGAAGUGGUCAAGUUUGUCUCUGAGUUGGCAGACAGACUGCCAGAGUACGAGAUAGCCUCAGAGCAUGAACAUUCAAACUGCUUGUUGAUUGCCCACAAAAAGUUUAAAAAGAAUGGAGAUUGGUGGACCUGGAUCGACUACCAACAGUUCCACAAGUUGUGGCGCAGGUACCAGGACAGCAAUGGUAAAGAAACAUUCAGCUCUUUGGACUACAUGGCGCCAACGCCUGGCUGGGCUGUGUAUGGUUCUACAGAGAAGGGCUUUGAUCCAGAUGAGACCAGAUUUUUCAGAAAGAAGAAGUCUCAGGGACAAGAGUAAUUGGCUGUUAAAGGAAGAAAAAAAUUCUGCAAAAAUUACCACAAAUAUCAACCUAACUUAAAGCACUUAACAAACAUAAAUUCUAUUACUCUGUCUUUUGAAAACUUUAGGUUCUUUUUAUUUUUCUAUUUCUUCUUCAAAACUUAUUAAAGAAAAUCAUUCUUUUUAAUUUUUUUGCUUAAACCCUUUAAUUCACUGCCAUAUUCUUUAUCACUGGCAUUUGGUUAUUUACAAAAAGAGUUUAAAAUUUCCAGCAAAUAAAUAUGUUAGAAAAAGUUAGGAAUUUUUUUUUGUGAAGCAUCGAGCUUAAGAUUUCCUUUACCAUGCAAAAACAACUAACAUACAAAAUAUCAUCUUGCAUUUUUAUUGUCACAAGUUGCUGGUAAUAAAGUGUAACUAACAAUUUUCUGAUGGUGUUGUAUGAAUUUGGGGUCAACAUAAGUUAGUGUUUGUUUCACCUCAAUAUUGUGAAGCCAUCAUAUUUAUCUACUCCUUUUUCUAACUAGUUUUAUAUUAGAUCAAAAACAGUUUUAACUGCAUUAUUAAGUGUAUUGCUGGAAAUGACAUUAUUAGAUGUUCACUAUUUGAAGCAUUAUGAUAUUAUAUAAUUUGAUGGGUAACUUAUCCAACUGCAUCAAGAAUGGAUUCACUGAUAUUGUUUACAAAGAUGUUCUUGUUUACACUUUGUUGUGGAGAUUGGGAGUUGUUUUCUGUAAUUCGUUUUUGGCAGGUGAAAGUUGAACUGAUAUGAAGACAAAUCUGGUUUUAUGUGCAGCACUUAUUAACUUGUUGAACUUGUUACAAUCUUUGACUUGUAGAGUGUAAUUAAAAAGAUUUUUUUUUUA